UUCGUUGGCAUAAUUCCAUUCCAGUCUUACUACAGUCCCAGCAUUGUACGAGUAUAUCUAAAUUUGUUCAGUUCGUGCCUAAAACCAUUCACAACACACACAAAAACUAUUUUCUGGUAAACUAUUUUGGAUUAUAUUUUUGGAGAGAAAAAAUGGACCCCUUGGCAGAUUUCUGGUUUGCCCAGAAUAUGGAUAUUAUAAUGCGUAUCUGCACAGAAGAUCCCCAAGAAUCUGCUGUACAAUCAUUUGUACUCAAUCAACCCGAAGAAGAAGAGGAUCCGGACACCAUGCAUUUUCUGGCGAAAAUCACCGAUCUGAAGAAACGUUUCAACGAAGCAAAUCAGGAAUGCAUCAACCUGGAGCGCGACUAUCCAACACAUAAUUAUUAUUUGCUAAACGAACGCCUCGACGCCAAUUUGUUCACACUGAAACGGGAGAUCAUGGAUCUUGCCGUCGAUAUGAAAAAGAAACACAUCACCGCCCAUGUGGUUUAAUAAUGAUAAUUCGAUAAUAGUUCACAUUUUCUCAACAAAUUUUCUGUAAAUACUCGUACUCAAUAAAUUUGGUUAGCCUGCAAUU